AUAGAUGUACAGGGGGAGAGUCCACCGCAGAGCUCUCUCCCUCUGCCUUCGCUCCAACCGCGGUGCACGGGGCGGGGAGCAGCUCCAUCCGCGGGCACAGCGGCACGGGAAGCCGGCUCCACUUUGAGAUGUGCCCCGCACGGUCCCUCGGAGAGUCCAGCGCCGAGGUGCCGCUGGCUGGAAAAUGAGCAGAGACCCACAGAGCCCGGAGCUGCGAGCCGCCAUGCUCCCGGUCCGGGCCAGCAGUCUGCAAUCCCUCCUGCUGGCCGCCUGGAUAUUCCUGUGCACAGGAGCUGAAUAUUCUGUAGAGGAUGCAGAAGGAGAUCUGCUCUUCUUGAUGGACAGUUCUGGGAGUAUCUUGCCCUAUGAGUUCACUGAAUUGAAAGAGUUUGUUGUUGAUUUAUUGAAGCCAUUCACCAUAGGCCCCAGCGAUGUGCAAGUCAGCUUCAUGCACAUUAGUGAUGACCCAGUGUUGGAGUUUCCUUUCGACAAAUACAUGUCAAACACUGCUCUCCAAUGGGGUCUUCUGAAUAUGGAGCAGAAAUUGGGCGACACCAAUACUGGCAAAGCAAUGACUCGUGCCAAGGACACCAUGUUCACACAGAAAGCUGGUGCCAGACCAGAUGUUCCAAAAGUCCUUGUAUGGCUAACAGAUGGGGCAUCAUCAGACGAUAUAUUAGAGCCCAUCCAGCUUCUCAAGGACCUUGGAGCAACAAUUUUCAUUGUUAGCACGGGCAGGGGCAAUUAUAUGGAACUGAAAGCAGCAGCUAGUGACCCAUCAGAAAGGCGCCUGUAUUACGUGGAUCCGGAUGAUAUGUACGUUAUUACUGAGGAGCUGCGUAAUGAAAUUCUAGAGAUUAUCCGGGCUAAAAAACUGCGGGCAAUGGACAUCACAGCAAACAGCUUUCGCUUGUUGUGGCCUAAGCUGCUGAGCAGUGACUCCGAUUAUUAUUUGAUUGAGUACUCUUCGCUCACUGAGCCUCAAAGGAAAUCCUGGAAAACUGUCACUGGAGAUGAAACAAGUGUUGUUCUGAGACAGCUACUUCCAGAGACCACAUACGAAGUGAAACUUACUCCCAUAAACAACAACAACUAUAACAAACCACUCAUGACAAAGGUAACUACACUAGAAGAUGAGAGCAGUCCACAGAGAAUUGUAAUCUCUGAGUCACGACCGAGGAGUUUUCAGGUCAGUUGGGCUCCAACUCCACCUGGUGUUGCUGCCUAUGAGGUUCUGUAUGGGAUCCUGCCAGGGGGUGAACCCAGGUUACUCAACAUCGACAGUAGCCAGAAUACCACCAUUGUCAACAACUUGGAGCCCAACACCACCUACUUGGUGACUGUCUCAGCCGUAUACCAUUCCGGCAGGAAGAAAGCAUUAUCAGCCAAAGCCUGCACUCAGGACGUGAAUUUCCAAGUCAACCACCUGAAGCUAACUGACAUUAGCCCCACCAGUGUCAUAGCCUCAUGGGACCCUGCCAAAGGAAGAGUGCUCAACUACAGAGUGCGCUGCACUCGUCAUCGAAGAAGCCCCUCUGUGAGAAACAUCCCGGCACAGGUUCAAAGUGUGCUCUUAACAGAUCUUAUUCCUGGCACUGACAACCGGAUUUGUGUGAAAGCAGUCUACAAAAAUGGUACAGGGCAAGGCUUGUGCAGGACGGUACACACACCUCAGCAACAAGAUUCCUUAUCUCUCGGGACAGAAUCUGCCAAAUCAUUCUGCACUCAAGAGGACCCUUGCUGGUAAAAUGAUGAAUAAAUCUUUAAGACAAUAGAAGCCAUAAAACAACAGGAGGACUCACCACAACCAGACAUUAGCUGGGAUUAAUAAUAAACUUUCUGCAAUUUACUUGUAGUGUUGAAUAACACUCAAUCAGGGGAUGGUCACUCUGCAUCAGUAUUGCACAAGCAGCUGAACUGUGUAGACUCCCAGUAAUUCAUUGUGCUGAGAAUCCAACUUCUCAAAACACUCAACCCUCCCCAUUUUAAGUCCGGUGAUCCUUCACAUUCUUGGUGUUGGAGUUUGAUGAGAAUUUGGUUGAUAAUAAGAGUGUUGGAUCAUUUUCUGCUUCCCAUUCUUGUUGGAUACAGCUGAGAUCCAUGCUGAUAUGACACUCUUAAGAUACUAUUCCACUUUGAUACAUCAAAUUGCAAAAAUCUGGUUCACAGGCAAUCCUGUAACACACCUUUGGCACAAGUGUGGUUGAGCUGUUUCUAUGAUGUUUUCAGUACUAAUGCCAAAGGUGUAAUAUAGUUCUGUUAUUGCAGGAUUUAUUCUGAGAAACAUCUCAAGAGGCAGUGUCACAGCCAUACCAGUCCAAAGCACUUUUACUUAUUUUUAAUAAACAUGUUUGAAAAGAA